AUGAGCCGUCAGACGUUCGGCUGCCCCUGGUCCUCAAGGCCGCAACUUUCGCACCUGGGCAUCUCCUGGGAUGUGUAUGACCGAAUCACAAAUCCAGGUGAGUCCAACGCGGUCUUCAUUCCAACUCGUAUCCUCAUCACGCGAGGUCAAACGCAGGAGGAUGAGUACUGCGAGUCCCCCGCUCAUCCAUGCAAGGAAGCGCAUGACUGCAACGUGGGCGAUCCGCAAGUGCAGCGGAUGGAAUGCCAGAAUGGCUUUUGCAUGCGGCGGCAGUGGUGCCCUGCUGAGAAUGAGAAUUGGGCCACAACCGAGACGCACUAUCUUGAGUUCGAGAAGGUGGAGCUGUGGUUCAAAUCUUAUGUGCACUACCAUAAGUUUGGUCUUGAUGUGACCACUGCAGAUGAGAAAACCUCCAUUCCCUACCCCCAGAGGGGAGCCAAUACAUAUCGGCUGCAAGAUCUCAUUCGCAUGACGAAUUACGCCCCAGAGGAAUUCGUAGAGCUGGGUGCGGUCAUGGUUCUGAACGGUCUCUUCGACUGCAACCUUGACACCGAGUUGUGUGAGAUGAAGGUGGAAACUGCCACAGUGGAUACCAAGACUGGUUUCAACCAUGUCUAUGAGAAUAUCUACUAUGAGAAUGGUGUUCGCAAGCGGGACGUCUACCGGAUGUAUGGCAUCAGGGUGGUAACCUUUGCCACGGGAUUUGGUGGGAAGACAAAGUUCUCUCAAAUUGUUCUGCAGCUAUCUUCUGGCAUUGCACUUCUUGGCACAGCUGAGUUGAUUGCUGACUUCUGGCUGAUGAACUGCGUUCCUGAACGUAAGCAUUACACCGACCAGAAGAUCAAGCAAAUGGAUGCGGCCAGUGAUGCCUAA